AUGGUCAAAAUCGAAGAAUUCGCCGUCGAGUCCUGGAUGGAUGCGUAUGAGACGAAAUGCAAGUACAACAUCGCCGAGACGUGUUGCGCCUCGAUUUCCGUCGAUCAGCUACGCGAGCUGUCAGAGAACAAAGAUCAGCCUGUUUUCGACACCUCGCGUGUCCUGAACUACGGGGCCAUCAGAGGAAGUGACGACCUACGCAACAACCUUGCACGACUAUAUUCUGCCAAGGUCACAAACCCCCUCUCUCCAGACAACAUCCUCAUCACUCCUGGCGCCAUCCAAGCAAACUACCUGACUGCAUACGCCCUCGUUGGACCGGGAGACCAUGUCAUCUGCCACUACCCCACCUACCAGUCCCUCUAUGAGGUACCCAAGCAACUGGGUGCUGAAGUCGACCUAUGGAAAGCAACCCCAGAGAACAAAUGGGUGCCAACCAUCGACGACUUGAAGACGCUCAUCAAGCCCAACACCAAGCUCAUCAUCAUCAACAACCCCAACAACCCCACUGGAGCCAUCCUAGGCAAGACCUUCCUCCAAGAGCUCAUCGAUAUCGCGACCGAAAAGGACAUCACCAUUAUGAGUGACGAAGUCUACCGCCCAUUAUUCCACUCCAUCAUCCCCAUAGACAAAGAAUUCCCACCCUCCCUCCUAUCCAUGGGCUACAAGAACGUCAUCGUCACAGGUUCCAUGUCAAAAGCUUAUUCCCUCGCCGGCAUUCGCAUCGGCUGGAUAGCAUCUCGCAGCUCUGAAAUCAUCGAGAAGAUCGCUUCAGCACGGCACUACACCACAAUCUCCGUGUCCUACUUCGACGAAGCCAUCGCCGCCUACGCUCUCCACUCAUCAACAGUGCACAGUCUACUAGCUCGCAACAUCCAACUCGCGAGAACCAACCUGGCUCUUCUGGAGAAGUUCCAACUCAAGAACGAAGAUGAGUGCGAGUGGGUGAAGCCUGUGGCUGGUACUACGGCUUUCGUCAAGUUCCACCGAGAAGGCAAGGCAGUGGACUCUGUGGACUUUUGCAAAAAGUUGCUCGAGGCUACGGGCGUUAUGUUUGUGCCUGGUAGUACUUGUUUCGGCGAGGAGUUCAAGGGAUACGUCAGAAUCGGGUUUGUUAAUCAGACGGAUAUUAUUAAGGACGGAUUGGAUGCCGUGACGAAGUUCAUACGGAAGAAUCUUGAUGAGGUGGAGUUGGCAGAGUAA